AUGUUGCUUCGGCAUCCUAUCUUCAGUCAUAUCUCCGCGGUCUUGUCCCAGCGCUGUCUACCACGGAGCUCUCCAACCAGCGUCCGUAGGAUUACUAGCAAGGCACAAGAUCAGCAGACGCGCAGUAUGCUUGACGAUUACAAGAACAUCGACGCUUCCCUCUCCGAUAAAUUUUCUAAAAAGCGCGGUUUACCCUGGGGAUUCUCUAUUUACCGCUGUUCUUAUAAGGACGAGAGCGCGUGGAGUCGCCUACUUCAACACCUAAGAGAAAAGAUCGAAAGCGACCUUGAAUGCAACCAGAGAAUGGAUCUUCUGUCGCAUCAUCAGCUGGUCAUCAAUGACGAUAUCGAGAAACUCAAUGGAGCUACAUCCCACGAUAUUCGUGACCACUUCAACGCAUGGGUUACAGACCAACUACCUCAGAUCGUCGCCAGCCCUGAAGUACUCGAAAACCUUCAAUCUGAUGAUAAUAAUGGGCAGGGUCCACAGUACUUUCUCGGCCCACGGUAUAACUUUUGCCUCUUUGUGGAUGAUUUCUGUCUAGAGUCGCUUGAGCUUUUCAAGAAUUCCCUUUGCGGUCCUGUUGUCAAAAUUUUGUCUAAGCCGUGGGGUAAUUUGACCCCUCAGGAAAGGGAAUAUAAGAUACAUCCGGAGUGGCAUGAUGGUGAGACAGACGACGAACUCGAAAUGGUUGGAUGGAUGUAUAUCCCCAUACACUCUUACGUGCAGUGGUUUGAUACUCUGGAAGUACCCUCGGAUUGGGAGGCGUUCUAUGUACGGCCACCUAUGAUGAUUGACGAGUGCAGCGUAGUGAACGUUGAAGAAGAACGGCUCGCUUCAUUACGCCGGAAGUCUUAG